AUGCCUCCUCCUCCUGCUGUCAAGGCUAAAGCGGCUUCUGGACCGCCGCCUGUGGUUGCAAAGUUCGUGGGCGUUGGAGAAGCGCCUGUGAGUUCGCCACGCACUGAGGAUGAUGAAGGUUUGCAGAUAUUUGAAUCGCGAUCGCGUGCCACUGUUGCAUCAACGGAUGGCUUUAGGGGCAUGGAGAAAAUGGAGAAUGGCAGCAGAAAGGAUACUCAGCUCCGGAUGCUGGCUAGUCAGUUUGACGUCGCAGGUAGCUCUGAAACAAAACAAAGGCUCAUCGUAGCCUCCCAAAGUGUUGCCGGCUCAAAGGUUUCCCCACUGCAUCCACCGCUCAGAGAAGAUGCCUCAGAUCUCUCGGCAAGCAGCAUGCAAGGCUUUGGCGAUACUACAGAGUCGUCCAAAGGCGCGCCUCUGAAACCGUCAGCUGUUAUUGAGAGAGAUGAGGCACUCCUCAUGGAUCGUUCAGCAGUGUCUUUUAUUAAAGCACCGGAUGCGUCUAGGGCGAGCUAUUACGGCUCACUAGGCUUCGGGGAUGAAAAGCAGGUGGAUAAAAGAGUUCUUUUGUCCGCUGGAGAAUUCGGGGCAAGUCAGCAAGACCCUGCAGAAUGGUUUUUCCCUCAAUCAAUUGUUGAUGCUGAGCUACUUCACCUCGAGACGAGAGACUACGUUUCAACAGGGAACUGCUUUUACAGUCUAGGCCCGAAGGCGGUUGUGGAAUCGCUGUGCGAUUCUCAAACGGAGUCUGAUAUCCAACAAACUGCAUCUCCGAAUUUGAAUGCCAAUGAAAGUAUACUUAUUGCUAUUGACAGAAUUAAAGGCCUGUACGACUCACCCACCAAUCUCCUGCAAUGGGAUAGCAGCCAGAGAACCUCAGCGAGCAUUAGCUGCACGCAGAUUGGCAAACUCCCAUCUGUGCAGUAUGCAACAGUCCUGAGUUUGUGGAGCGAGCUUCUGCUUUAUCAGAAGAGCCAGGUCAUUUUGGUGGUUGGGGAGCCUCCACAAAACAAAGAUCGAACUGUACCCUCACUUCUUUGUGGCUUUGGCCUUGUAAUCGGAUCCACCGUUAAAGAGCAGACAUGGUUUGCAAGUAGAAUCAGGCGCAUCUAUGACGCUGUGACGAUGUGGAGCACAGUUGUCUCCAAUACAUAUGACAACGCAUCUGUGUGUCGGUGGAGGUGGAGUCUCGGGUUUUGUAGUAAUGGCAAGGCUAGAAACAUCUCGCUUUCAGGAGCAUUGCUAAGUGAUGGGCCCCCUGCUGAUGAGGGUGCUUUGUCCGACUAUGCCACUCCUCAAAUCCUAGGAAUCCCGAAAUUGCCGCUGCAGGUUCUCCAAAGCUCUCUGCUACAUGGCGAUGCAGUGCACAUCAAAACGGGCUCUCACACCUCGAAGGGGCUUUCAGCCGUCUCAGAAGAGCUGCAAGCAGCUUUAGGAUUCAGUACUGCGGAGGCGGUGGCUGCAGUACGUAUUUGUUUGGCUUACUGGAUUCUGUCUAAAGGCAUCAGUUUGAGGCCUGAAGACGCAGAUGUUACUGAGAUACUUCUAGGAUCACAGGCAGGAUCAGUGCAGUCGCUGAUCCAACAGUGCACCGGGAAUCAAGAAGAUGUGCUGCGUCACCUACGAAAUGCUCUUUAUGAUGAUCUAUUCGAACACGUCGUGAAUCUGACCAAUAAAUCUUUGCAGAGCGCUUUCCAACAACUAGUCUCAGCGAUCCCAUUAGCUCCGCAGGGCAAAGCUCUCCAGAUAAUAAUUGAAGAGUCGCCAUACUCGAAGUUUGCAAAAGAUCGUCUGUCGUUCAGGGGCCUCGCUUGCAGAGCUUUUGAGGUGCUGCAACUAGCAUUUGCUUUUCGCGGCCUUCAUAACCUUCAACGCAUCAUGGAGACUGACAGUGUGAAGCUUCCACCGUACCUGGAAUCGAUAAGGCGGACGCCUCAAACUCAACUUCUUGUGCAGAUCCUUUUUUCCAGAUAUGGCGGACUUAUACCAUUUCUUGCUCAAGAACCCCGAAAGCCUGCAGACGUAUCAAGGUGGAUGGCUUGGAUGACCGAAAAGCCAUAUAUAAGAGAAGUCUUGAGAGUAAUGCCCAACGGGUCGUUACUUGUCGACUGGCUGGGAAGCUGGGCGAGCACGAGCUUAAUGGAGCUAACCGCAGCUUCGUGGACCGUUGAUGGGUAUACUUAUAGCAAGAUAGAAAGCUUGCUUUGCUCAGCAUCAGCUACAAGGAUGUGCAAAAACAUGAUUCAUCCCGGUUAUGCGCUUCGCUUGUUUCACGCCGUCAAGGAUUCUCUAGCGACUGAACUCGUGGAAAGGCCCGUACUAGUCGUACGGUCGUCGGACUCGCGCCUGGUUAACUGGACGCACCAAGAGCUAAGGAUAGUAGAAGACUGGCAGAGUUUUGGCUUUCCAGUGCUGGCGCGAUUGAGCGAUCUGCCAAAGUACUGUCCUCAUCUUUUUGAAAUGGGCAUGUUUUAUGGCCACGAGGAAUCCUGGCAGGUUCUUGCGGAGUAUCUCAACACGGAAGACUUUGCCGUUGGUAAAGCUCUCAUUUUUGCAAGGAGUUCAGCCUAUAACGCUCUGUAUGGCUUCGAGUUAGCAGCUAAAGCUAUUGAGAAAGACCGCGAAAACCGGCUACAAACCCUUCGGGCACAGUGGGACAAGCUGCAAACAUUGAAGGCCGAGCUGUAUGGUGGCGCUUACAUGGAAAUUCUACCUGAACAAAUGCUUUCAGAACCCGUGGUAAACGAUGUAAUACCCGGAAUCUUAUUGCGACCAAGUUCAGUUGCAUCAUCUGCUUCGCCUGGCAAAACAGUAUAUCCUCACAAGUCAACGGAAUCAUCCAUUGCUAGCAUGAAGGUAUCGGACAGCACGGAAUCUGACGAGCACAACAAUAUCAGCUUAAGUGCGCGAGAGCCCCUUCAGCGAGGAGAAAGUUGUAGUAACCUCUGUCAGCGAACACACUCUCACUCUGUUCAGACAGCAACUUCCUCUAAUAUUCUACCUCAGUCCAGCCUUUUGUUCCGUGAAUCGCUGAAUGAGCCAAAUGCUUCAGAUCUCAAACCCAGCAGCUCCCUUGAUUCGGCACCAGCUUCACUUGCAUCGGCUCUUCCAAGAUUUCUGCCAUCGAAGUCUAACGGUGGGCAGCCUUCGCCACCCACUGCAAAAAACAGUUGCUCCCGGCUGCCUCCUCAAGUGAUGUCAACCAGUUCUCCAGAAACAGAUAGCACCAACAAAAACAUGGAAGCCGCAUUUGCACAUGGUGAUCCUAGUAAACCAAAUAUGGUGGAAAGUUACUCCUGUCAGACACCCCUUGGCAAGACACCUGUUUCAGGGAAGACUGUGACCCAGAAGCUGCCUUCUGCUAUAGGCGGCGGUAUGUCGACUGAUGCUGAGGAUGCGAAAGAUGAGAAUGCUAUCUACACAGAAAAAAUGGCAGGAGAGGAAGCACAACAGGGGCUUGAACCAACAGACGCUGCAGGAUCGGGUUCCCCAGUUGAGGAGAAGCACAUGCUCCGUAUUUGCACCGUAGAUGCAGAAGGCGAAGAAAAAGCUUGUGAAAAUCCGGUUACUCAGAACGAAGAGGUAGCAUCACCAAACACGGACGACAUUUCGUCAUGUGAGUUACCAUGCAGCUCUACAAAUACAGAAGAUCCAGCACGUGCACUUUCGAGAGGGGCUGAUGGUCAGAACGGGGAAGUUCAAGAAGCCUCGGCGGAAGGUCUUGUGCACGAAGAAAUCGAACGUAACUCUGAUGCUCAGCAUCCUCAGUCCAAUGUAGCCAGUGAAUCUGACGAUGCUCAGGAACAAGAGCAAACGACUGCAGCGAAAACGGGUCUUCGAGCAAUGUGGCGUACGACUACAAACGACGGAGCUUGGCGAGGGCUUGUAAUCCUGCCAAAAGAAAGCACAGAAGAGUCGGCACAAGCGUAG